CGCACGUCCAUCUGCUCGUUGUCAUGGAGGAGCAAAGAUGGCGAUACUGGCCUACAGCCUGGGCAAACGGGAAAUAAAUCAGUAUUUUACGAUUAAGAAUGCAAAAUUACUGUCUCUCGUUGCUGUCAUUAUCCUCACUUUGUGCCAUGCAGUCUCUCGGCAUUAUGGAGGCCGGGACACGUGUGAGUGGCUUCUAUCUAAUGGACGGUUCCUAGGAAACAAUGUGUGGCAGCCAUAUGGCUGCAUGAUGCACAAGUACAAAAUUAAUGAAGCGAAAGCUUGCCUCAGCAAUAAGAGGAUAGCAUUCAUCGGGGAUUCUCGAAUUCGUCAGCUUUUCUAUUCUUUCAUUCAGAUCGUCAACCCUGAGACAAGGGAAGAGGGGAACAAGCAUGAAAACAUUCCCUUUGCAGAUAGAGAAUCCUCUGUUAAUGUGGACUUUUUAUGGCAUGCAGAAGUAAAUAAUUCCAUGAAGGAGCAGCUGACAUCAUGGACUGAGAAGCCCUCUUUCAAGCCAGAUGUAAUCAUCGUUGGUGCUGCUACUUGGUCCAUUAAACUGCACAGUGGCAGCAGCGAGUCACUUGUUCAAUACAAAGCAAACCUCACAUCCAUAGCAGCACCAUUGGAAAAAUUAACCGAGCACAGCGAAGUCUUUUGGGUCAUACAGGGUCCUGUCUAUGAAAAGGUCUUGAGCGAAAAUCGUAAGAUGAUCACCAACGAGCUAAUUAACUCGUAUAAUGCGGCAGCAUUUAGCGCCCUGAGCAGCAGCAAGCUGAACACUAAGGCAAGGGUGAAGUUCCUGCAGGCCUCACGGCAAGCUGCCAUGGAGACCAUCACACAAUCAGAAGAUGGCCUGCACCUUCCUGUGAGCGCAAGGAAUGUGGGUGCAAUGGUUCUGAUGAACUCCAUAUGCAACAAGAUCCUGAAGCCUAUCGAUGGUUCGUGUUGUCAGAGUGUUCCUCCACUGAGUGUGCUACAGAAACUGGCUGCUGGACUUUUCUUGGUAGCUGCUGUCUGCUUCCUGGUGUUGCAUGCACUUGGCUACACCGGGCACUGGAAGAGCAAACCCGUGUCUGAUGUUGAGAGCGGAGAGGAAAAGAAACCUCCCUCUGCUGCAUUUCCACUCAUUCUAAAGAAUGUCUUACAAUCCAUCUGCAAGAUGGGUCUCAUCAUGCUUUACUUCUACCUGUGUGACCGUGCAGACAUCUUUAUGAAGGAGCAGAAGUUCUACACGAACGCAACCUUCUUCAUCCCACUCAUCUAUAUAUUUAUGCUGGGGUUUUUCUACAAUGAGAAUACUAAAGAGACCAAGCUGCUGAACAGAGAACAGACUGAUGAAUGGAAGGGCUGGAUGCAGCUGGUUAUACUCGUCUAUCAUAUAUCUGGUGCCAGUGCUUUCAUACCUGUGUACAUGCAUGUCCGUGUCCUGGUGGCAGCUUAUCUCUUCCAGACUGGAUAUGGCCACUUCUCAUUCUUCUGGUUAAAGGGUGACUUUGGACUCUACAGAGUGUGCCAGGUUCUCUUUAGACUCAAUUUCCUGGUGAUGGUUCUCUGCCUUGUGAUGGACAGAUCAUACCAGUUCUACUACUUUGUGCCACUGGUUACCUUUUGGUUUGUGAUCAUUUAUGCCACAAUGGCCAUGUGUCCACAGAUUCUUCAGAUAAAAGCCAAUGGCAGCAGUUUCUGGCACCUGAUCCUUUUACUGAAGCUGUUGGGGUUGCUUCUUUUCAUUUGCUUCUUUGCAUACUCCCAGGGUUUUUUUGAGAGCAUUUUCUCAGUGUGGCCUCUUUCCAAGCUCUUUGAACUACAAGGAAGUGUCCAUGAGUGGUGGUUCAGGUGGAAGCUAGAUAGAUUUGCUGUAAUCAAUGGCAUGCUGUUCGCCUUUAUUUACCUGGUAUUGCAGAAAUAUCAGAUUCUAUCAGAGGGGAAAGGCGAGCCACUCUUCUCCACCAAGAUUUCCAACUGCUUGCUUUUUGUAUCAGUGGUUUCCUUCAUAACAUACUCCAUAUGGGCGAGUAGCUGUAAAGAUAAGACUAAAUGCAAUGAGAUGCAUCCCUACAUAUCUGUGGUGCAGAUUCUUGCGUUUGUUCUCAUCAGGAACAUUCCUGGUUACGCCCGUUCUUUGUAUAGCUCCUUUUUUGCAUGGUUUGGCAAAAUCUCAUUAGAGCUCUUCAUCUGUCAGUACCACAUCUGGCUGGCAGCUGACACCAAAGGCAUCUUAGUCCUUAUUCCCGGAAUCCCCUCCCUUAACAUCAUCAUCAGCACCUUCAUCUUUGUGUGUGUCGCUCAUGAGAUCUCGCAGAUCACCAAUGACCUGGCCCAGGUAGCAAUACCUAAAGACAGUGGCACUUUGCUUAAGAGACUGCUGGUGACUGGACUCUUCAUGGGACUUGUUCUCAUGCUGUCUAACAGCAGCUGGGCCUGAGACUGAAGGAGCUUAGUGUACUCUGAGUGAGUUAAAUCACUGGAACACGUCCUGAUUCAAAUUGCAUUUUAGGAACAGACCCUUUGCUGGCACAGUGCUGCUCACUGAAUACAAGCUGGGAAUCAUGUCUCAUUAGGACAGUAAAGCCCAGGAUGCAGUUCUGACUUUAUGAAGACAGUGAACACACAUUUUUUCAGAAUGUAUGCGGUGCUUAUUGACUCCUGCAGAACGUUUGCUCACUGACUGACGUUUUAAACGAGUUAAUCUGACGCGUCACAGGGACGUCUAUUCCGCCCAAGUUUUGUAAAGUAUUUAAUGAUUUAAAUUAAGUUUAUGUUGUACAGUCAUGUCGCCUUAAUGUCCUGUCUGUUGUUUUUAGGUUUUGGGGUUUAUUUUUGUUUUUUUUUUGGAAUGUUUGGAAUGCCCCAGUUGAUAAAAGAUGAAUAGUUUUGUGAUUCACAUUUCAUGCAGUACACGGGCCAACAGACUCUAUUGUCACUAUUCAGUGAAGUACCGUGUCAACAACCACUAUUGUUAAUGUUUCUAUAUUUUUAAUGAAUCCUUUCAGCAGAUCUUAAUUCUCCUAAAUCUCAACCAGCGUAUCCAUAGCUUAUUAAUGAGUGCAACAAAAAAAACAUUCAUUAGUAUUAAUUCAUCCAAUUAAGGCUUUAGAGGUAUUAAAAAUUCUGGAUUAUUUAUUUAUAUUUGCUAAUUUAAUAAAUCUGAAUAUAUAAAAGCUAUCAAUGGUCUUUAGAAGACCAGAUCUAUUUAUCUGGAUACUUUUGUGUACUACCCUUACAUAAAAUUACAUUUACUAUUAUUACUGAAGUAUAUUGUGGUUACAUCCUAGAAUCUUGGUGUCUUUGAUGUACUUUUAUGUGUAAAUAAAUGAGUUCAUUAUCUGAAGUACGUUCAGGCGUAAUAACGCUUUCAGACAUUUGAACCUUCGACUGGUA